ACUGCAGGAAGGGAAGUGACGCGAACAAGAGGGGUCUGGCCUAUUCAGAGAGAAAGGAAAAGCUUAGCCAAAGCGGGAAUGGCUCCGCCAGUAAGGAGUGCAGGCUGCAAAGCUUAGCGGAAGUGGCGUGGCCCAGGCGUACCGCAGGGGCGUGACCUGAACGAGUGGACCUUAGCCCUGACGUGAAGGGCGUAACGUAGUCUCAAGGGUGUAAUAAAGAUGGUCGAAUCCGCGGGAGGGGCGGCCUCAGGCGGAGGAGAGUAGGGACGUAGGCCCAAGGGAGGGAGAUGGGGGUAGGCGAUCACUGGUAUGUGAAACGAACUGCACUCAGAGGCGAAGCGUGCAAGAGUGGCCACAGUUGGAGAGGCGGGUCGCGGAACAGUGACCGGGAGGGGACGUAGCGCGAAAAGGAAAAUACGGGGACUAUGGACAUACACAGCCACCCCCAGAGUAGACCAGAAGCAGUUGUGUUCCGUGGACAAAUCUGAGUUUUUCUGAUGUGCCCUGCCCCAGAGCUGGAGGUUAUUGCAUUCCUGCAAGUUGUUUGGGAACUGAUCAAGGUUUCAGGGUAAAGAUGCUGGUGAUGAACAGCCUGAGGGUCAUUCAUCCUGUGUCUCCAUGCAAAUUGCUGUGGAGAACCUUCCAGAUUCCAAGACCCAGGCCAUCCUGCAGCCUCUAUACUUGCACCUACAAAAUCCAGAAAUAAGCCUUGCAUCCACUCUGGGAGAGUGUGGACCUGGUUCCUAGGGGCAAUCAACAGACACCCAUCAACAUCCAGUGGAGGGACAGUGUUUAUGACCCCAGCUUAAAACCACUCACCAUCUCUUAUUACCCAGCCACCUGCCUCCACAUCUGGAAUAACGGGUACUCUUUCUUUGUGGAAUUUGAAGAUUCUACAGAUAAAUCAGCUGCAUUGGAAUGCAGUCAAGUUUGAAAACUUUGAGGAUACAGCACUGGAAGAAAAUAACUUGGCUGUGAUAGGAGUAUUUUUAAAGGUGAAGAAAGUGAAGCUCAACAAAGUUAAGUGCUUUCCUGCUAGGUCACACAGCUAACUAAUAGAGGACUGGGGUUAAAAAUGCACAGACCACAUUCUCAUGGGGCCCCUGAGCUCUUACAGAUUCAGCAGCUACAGGCUUCCGGCAUGCUCCCAGCUUUAGUCUACUGUGGAGGGACAAUUCUCAGUCUCCCUUAAAGAAGUGAAGCCUCCUUCUUUGUGCACUGGCCACUGUCUAAAACCUCCCAGCAAUACUGAGGAGAUUAUCUGCUGGAUCCUCACUAGAAUUGAGAGAUCAAAUGGUUUUGGCUGUUUUCCCGCUGGAGAAUAUAAAAACUACACAGUUAAUUGCAGAAACAAAGCCUAGGCAUGAUUCCAUCCUAAGAAGCGAUUCUUCAGGUAGCUACCCAGAAGGGCCUGGAGCUCCUCUGGACCACUGCUGAUCUCCAGAUACUCCCUGAGAACCAUCACCUCGUCGUCGGAUUCCUGAGUGGUUUUCACUUCUAGAUAAUGACUCGGUGACCCAGUCUCUUGGCCAGGGCGCUCUCAUGGAAUUUGAAUCGUUUGGCACUUCCUGCUUGGUGCCCAUCUGUCUAGAUUACUAGACACAAGUAGAUCCAGUAUCACUCUUGUCCACCCCUGACUGAGUCUGUCACCUGGAUCAUUAAGAAGCAGCCAGUAGAGGUUGAUCAUGGUCAGUCCCUCGGCAGCAACGGGUGCCUGGGUGCCUAGGAAAGGCCAUCUAGAGGAGACAUCAGGAAGUAGAGGAAUUCUGUUAUUUUCCACUCAUCUGAUUAGCAUUUAAGGUCGGCUAAGAGGCUGGAAGGAACACAUCCACGGCUCUGCUUUAAAGGAUAUGAAAACUGGGCUGAAAGGAACAGGAGUCCACAGUUCGAGUUCAGAGGACAUAAAAACUGGCUCAAGGAAACUCGGGUUAUUAGGUUCCUGCAACUUAACUGGGAACUGUUCAAGAUUUCAAGCUAAAAAUGGUGGUGAUGAACAGCCUGAGGGUCAUUCUUCAAGCAUCUCCAGGCAAAUUGCUGUGGAGAAAGUUCCAGAUUCCAAGAUUCAUGCCAGCCAGGCCCUGCAGCCUCUAUACUUGUACUUACAAAACCCGGAACCGAGCCUUGCAUCCACUCUGGGAGACCAUGGACUUGGUUCCUGCGGGCGAUCGGCAGUCACCCAUCAAUAUCCGGUGGAGGGACAGUGUUUAUGAUCCCGGCUUAAAACCACUCACCAUCUCUUAUGACCCAGCCACCUGCCUCCACAUCUGGAAUAACGGGUACUCUUUCCUUGUGGAAUUUGAAGAUUCUACAGAUAAAUCAGUGAUCAAGGGAGGACCCCUGGAGCACAACUACCGAUUGAAGCAGUUCCAUUUUCACUGGGGAGCCAUCGAUGCCUGGGGCUCGGAGCACACUGUGGACAGCAAAUGCUUCCCAGCAGAGCUGCACUUAGUGCAUUGGAAUGCAGUCAAAUUUGAAAACUUUGAGGAUGCAGCACUGGAAGAAAAUGGUUUGGCUGUGAUAGGAGUAUUUUUAAAGCUAGGCAAAUAUCAUAAAGAGCUACAGAAAUUAGUGGAUACUUUGCCAUCAAUUAAACACAAGGACACCCUUGUGGAAUUUGGAUCAUUUGACCCUUCCUGCCUGAUGCCUACCUGCCCAGAUUACUGGACCUACUCAGGGUCUCUGACUACUCCACCCCUUUCUGAGUCUGUCACCUGGAUCAUUAAGAAGCAGCCAGUAGAGGUUGAUCAUGAUCAGCUUGAGCAAUUUCGGACCCUGCUUUUCACUUCCGAGGGGGAGAAGGAGAAAAGAAUGGUGGACAACUUCCGCCCCCUUCAGCCACUGAUGAAUCGCACUGUCCGUUCAUCCUUCCAGCACGAUUAUGUGCUGAAUGUACAAGCGAAACCCAAGCCGGCGACCAGCCAAGCAACCCCCUAAACCGUUCAUAUCUAGGCAGUAUUUUGCCUUUGCUUUAAUAUAUACUAGCUUACUAAAAAUUGUUAACUAGACUAUUCUAAAUACCUGCAUUUGAUAAUAUUUACAGAUGUGCAUUUCUUAGCAUGUGAGUGCUUCAUCAGUCUUUGAACAAAGCUAUUUGGUACCAGCAAGAGAUACAAGUUUCUCUUACAGUUACCUGUUGGUAAUUGUAAUGCCUUUUUUUUUUUCUUUAGGAGACUAGGUCUCGCUCUGUUGCCCAGGCCAGAAUGCAGUGGCCCAGUGACAGCUCACUGCAGCCUUGAACUCCUAGGCUCAAGCGGUCCUCCUGCCUUAGCUUCUGCAGUAGCUGGGGCCAUGGGUGCUGGCCACCUGGCCUGGCUUGUAAUAUAUUUUUGUAUCUGACAUUUUUGAGCUAUCUUUUUAUGUUUAUCCAUUAGUGGUUCUAUAGUGCUAUACAUAGGGAUUAUAAUCAAAAUUUUUAACAAGUGGUAAGGCAUAGACAUUGACCAGAACUCAGGCCUUUCAGAAACAGCCUGUGGGCCCAGACUGGUACUUCCUGGCUGAACCUUAGUCAUGGUUUAGGUGUAUUUUAUUUCAUAACAUGAAUGUGUAUUCUUUCAUAAGGGCUUCUCAAUGAGUAUAUUUGCCCCAGUCUUUAAUUGUUAUAAGGACAUGAUACGUUUACUUACUAUAAACUUAUGAUGAAGAAAAACAAGGACUUUUCCUAUAUCCAGAAAUACCUUUGCACUUCUGAAGAUCAGAUAUUUUACUUAAACAUCUGAUCAUAUAGAAAAUAUAUGCAGAACAUUUUAAGGAAAAUGCUUGGCCAGGUGCGGUGGCUCACGCCUGUAAUUACAGCACUUUGGAAGGCUGAGGCUGGUGGAUUACUUGAGGUCAGGGGUUCGAGACCAGCCUGGCCAACUUGAUGAAACACUGUCUCUACUAAAAAUACAAAAAUUAGCUGGGCAUGGUGGUAGACAUCUGUAAUUCCAGCUACUCAGGAAGCUGAGGCUAGAGAAUCGCUUGAACCCAGGAGGCGGAAGUUACCGUGAGCCAAGAUCAUACCAUCUACUCUAGCCUAGGUGACAAGAGUGAGACUCCAUCAUGUCUAAUAAAAAAAAAAAAGAAAGAAAAAAGGAAAUGCUAAAAGUGCCUAGAACUUAGAAUUCUUUCAUUGUACAUUUCCAGAAAUAUUUUUCAAAGGUCUAGUAAUCUAAUAGCCUAUAGUUUAUAAUAUUAUUUUGUAUUAUUUGCGCACUGUUACGUAGUAUAUAAUGAUAAUCUUUUCUACAGUAAAAAAGGUAUCCUGUCUGAACUUUACAACUGUCUGAAUUUUAUUUCCUCAUUAGUCAAGGUUCUUUGCAAGGCAGGUGAUCAACCUAAAUCUCUCAGUUUAUACAGUAGUUUAUAAGACUUUUCUUAUGGUCAUAGGGAGAGAAACUUGUCAGAUAGGCUAAAAUCUACAUGCCCCUGUUGCUGUUGCUUAUCUAGGAAUGUUUCCAAAUGCCUCUAAGCGUAUGUUCAGACUCAGUGUUGCAUUAAUAACUGGUAGUAUUUCUUUCAUCAAUAUGUUAGUUAUCUGGUCUGCAAGAUAGGGUUGGAUGAAUAUACUUAACACUACUGAACUGUAAAAGAUGGUUAGGAAGGAAAUGGGACUACAUCAGACUUAAAACUUCCUGUGUGUCAAAGGAAGCAAUCAACAAAGUGAAAAGGCAAGCUCUAGAGUGAGAGAAAAUAAUUGCAAAUCAUAUAUCUUAUAAGGAGCCCAGGGCUGGGCACGGUGGCUCACGCCUGUAAUCCCAGCACUUUGGGAGGCAGAGGUGGGUGGAUCACGAGGUCAAGAGAUCGAGACCAUCCUGGUCAACAUGGUGAAACCCCGUCUCUACUAAAAAUAAAAAACAUUAGCUGGGCAUGGUGGCGCAUGCCUGUAAUCCCAGCUACUCAGGAGGCUGAGGCAGGAGAAUUGCCUGAACCCAGGAGGCAGAGGUUGCGGUGAGCCGAGAUCGCGCCAUUGCACUCCAGCCUGGGUAACAAGAGCAAAACUCCGUCUCAAAAAAAAAAAAAAAAGGAGCCCAGGCUGGGCGCGGUGGCUCACACCUGUAAUCCCAGCACUUUGGGAGGCCGAGGCGGGCAGAUCAUGAGGUCAAGAGAUCGAGACCAUCCUGGCCAACAUGGUGAAACCCCGUUUAAAAAAUAAAAAGAAAAAGAAAAAAUCGGAGCCCAAAUCCAGAAUAUAUGAGGAACUUCUAUAACUCAACAACAAGAAAACCAAAUAAUUCAAUUUUUAAAAAUGGGCAAAGGACUUGCAUAGACAUUUCUCCAAAGAAGAUAUACAAAUGGGCAAUAAGAACAUGAAAAGAUGCUCAACAUUGCUAAUUAUUAGGGAAAUGCAAAUCAAAACCACAAUGAGAUAUCAUCUCAUGCCCACGAUGAUGGCCACUAUCAGAAGAACAAAAAAAUAACAAGUGUUGGGGAGGAUGCAGAGAAACUGAAUCUCUUGUGCACUGUUGGUGGUAAUGUAAAAUGGUGCAGUCAUCAUGUAAAACAGUACACAGGUUUCUCAAAGAACUGAAAACAAUUACCAUAAGAAUUACCACCAAAGUAGGAUCUCAAAGAGAUAUUAUACAUCCAUGUUCAUAGCAGCAUUAUUCACAAUAGCCAAGAGGUUCUGGAAGCAUCCCAAAUGUCCAUCAACAGAUGAAUGGAUAAAGAAAAUGUAGCAUAUAUGUUCAACAGAAUAUUAUUCAGCUUUUAAAAAGAAGGAAAUACUGUCAAGUGUACAAUGUAGAUGAACCUUGAAGGCAUUAUGUCAAGUGAAAUAAGUCAGUCACAAAAGAACAAAUACUGUAUGAUUAUCCACGUGAAGUAUCCAAAGUAGUCAAAAUCAUACAAUAGAAAGUAGAAAGGUGGUUACCAAGGGCCGGAGGAACGGGAGAGGGCGAAUUUGUAUUUAGUGGGUAUAAUAGAGCUUGUGUUGCAAGAAUUCUAGAGAUCUAUUGCAAAGCAGUGUGAUUAUACUUAACACUACUGAACGAUAUACUUAAUAUGAUUAAGAUGGUGUAUUUAAAAAAAUAAUUAAGAUGGUCAUUUUUAUAUUUGUAUUUUACCAUGUUAAAAGUAAAAAAUUAAUUUCAUAGAGAAAAAAUAGAUAGGGCUGGAGUUGCACAUAUAAGUUUGAGAAAUAUCUCUUUUAAAAAGGGGGAAAUGUGAAGGCUUUUGCAUGUAUGCCCUAGGAAACGCGUAAGAUUCUUAAAAAGGUAAACAUGGUAUAAAAUGAAAUCUUUGUUAACUUUCUACAGUUCACCUGUUUCAAAGUAUAGUUACCUUUAAAAGGGUAAACACACAAGAUAUGCAUUUUCCAGAGCACGCAGGCUUUUCUCCCAACUGCCUUGUGAAACAAUCAGUGCAAAACCCUAUUGCAGUGAGUUUUCCAAAUUGAAGGAGGAGUAAUGUACAGAAUGCCUGACUUGCCCACCUCCUUGCAUCUUAUACCUGAUGUUCUGGUGUGAUUAUUAACCACACUCUCACUUUGAACCGUGUCCUGGUUUGCAUGGCCACCUUUCCUGCAGCGGUGAUUGAAACUGGCUGGAGGCAGUUUCGGUUUCCAUGCCUUAGUUAGAUGACCCUCAAAGGGGCACAGUAGAUUUCCCUGGCUACUGAUACUUGUGUUUUUUUAUGCCCUCAAAAGUGUUUUGCUUGUAUUUUCCUAGACAUGAAGGUUGAAAAUGGGCCUAAGGUCUGUCAAAGGUCUUGGAAAAUAAGGUUGUAUUAAAAUUGCUGUUCAUUUUCAUUAAAUAAUACUAGAUCAAUAAAACCCUUUCUUUACGAUA